CUUAUUUAUGAAUGCAUUCAAAACUCAACACAAAUUCAACCAUUUUGUUUUUAGCAAGGAUUUCAUUUUGUAAGUUUUCAACAACAGCUUCUCGCAUAAUCAACGAUCAGAAAAGGAGUGUAUGACUGCACUAGCAAAAUUUGGAAACUAUAAUGCCCGGGGAUUCCAGCUCAAAAUCUGUAUCAGAGCAAUAAGGGAACAAAAAUAUGAUUUGAAGGUAAAGGAAAAGAAAGCAAAUACUUAUAACCAUUAGAUUGUGUGGCUGAUAUUUAGGUUUAUAUACAUUAACAAGAACUGUGGUUUCAAAAGUGCUUGUAGCUUAUCAUUGAAAAGUUCAAUUCUUUCAUCGAAUUCCAUUUUUACAAUAAACUGAUAAGCAUUGGAAAUCUAUUAGUUGCAGUGGAGGGAUUUAUAAAAUGCAUUUGAUGUGUUUGAAAAAUCCAUGUGGAUUAACCACCCUCAGUACAGAGGAUUCAAAUUUCAUUUCAUCACUGAAGAUUUGCACAGAAAUUAGAAUUAGAAUUCAGAUCAAAACUCACCUGAAAAGGGAUCGAAGUGAGAGAAUUCUUUCCAGUCUUUCCCGUGGCAAAGCAUCAAAUUCUUUCUUCUUUGUCUUUUCUUCUUGCAAUCCCCGAGGCCAAGUUCUUAAAGAAAUACUUGACACUCCCUGUCUCGCACAUAAUCAACAUAUUAGCCCACAAAGCCUUCCGGUUGGUUCUCUUGCAAGUUACCAGUUGUUAGUACCUUUGGUUCUUCAUUUUGUAAAGCAGCUUUCACCGAAAAUUGUGGUUUCUGUGGACAGAGGAUGUGAUAGACCUGAUUUACCAUUUCCCAACCACAUUAUUCACGAACUUCAAUCUUAUUCUAACUUGCUUGAGUCCCUAGAUGCUGUCAAUGUGAAUAUGGAUGCACUGGAAAAGAUUGAAAGGUUCUUGCUCCAACCAGGAAUUGAAAAAAUUGUAAUGGGCCAUUUUCGAUCCCCUGAAAAGAUGCAGCAUUGGAGGACUCUGUUUUUAUCAUCUGGGUUUUCCCCAAUUACUUUUAGCAAUUUAACAGAAUCACAAGCGGAUUGUCUUGUGAAAAGGACUCCUGUUCGAGGAUUCCAAGUUGAGAAAAGGCAAUCUAACUUAGUUUUCUUUAUUUAUAAUUCUUUGCAGGAUUGUCUUUGAUAUAUAAAAGAGCAGAACGGUCAGUCACCAAAAAAUUGUUUAAAAAAUUCCUCUAUUCGUUCCUAAGGUAACAGUCCUCACACUUAUUCUUGUUAUUAUGUUUAUUCUAUGUGCUUACUUGUAUAGAUUUUUCACCUUUCUCACUAGAUAAAUGGAGAUGAAUAUUGUUUUUCAUUACAUAAAUGGUGAUCAAUGUUGUUUGAGUAAACAUAUUAUGCAAAAUAGAAAAUGAAGGCUUGUUUUAAUGUUUGUUAGUGCCUAUUUCUAAGUUGGUGUCUAAAUAAGAAAAUUAUAGUUUGAGUAGACAAGAACUGCUUUCUUAUUGUAGAGUAGUUAAACAAAAUAUUCAAUACUAAAGUUCUUUAUUAUCAAGCAUAUGUGACUCCUAUCUUAUGCCUCUUUAUGUCCACGUACAAAAUUUACGUUAAAUUUAUAUAUAUAUUUUUAUGAUUAAUAAAUAAUUUUUUUAAUAAUUU